CGGGCGGGGCCGUGCGCUCUGUGCCCGCCCCGCCGCGCCCGCGGAGCCGGAGCCGAUGGCGGCCGCGGAGCCGCUGGGAACCGCGGAGCUGCCGCAGCUGGCGGAAAAUCUGCUCUGCCGGCUGCAGGAGAAUUUUGAGGCUCUGACGGAGAAGCUGACGCUGAGAAUGGAAGAAAUGGGCGAGCGCAUCAAUGACCUUGAGAAGCGCGUUGCUGACCUGAUGACAGACGCUGGGGUAGAAAACAGUGAUGAAGAAUUGGGAGUAAAGACACUUACUUAAGUUUUUCUGUGGUUUAUGCAUUUCCAUUUAGUUUUGAGUGGUGAGCAAGUAAUGGUGUUUACGUAUUUAGUGUACCUGCAUUUUCUUGGAUUUGAAAGUGUGCUUUUUAAAAAACAUAUUUAAUAUACCUUGGAUUUUUUUUUUUGCCAAGAGACAAAGAACAUGACCACUUUUACAAAACAAAAACUGCAUCUUACUGCCUGUUCCAGCUGAGUGCAAUAUACAAGGGGGCAGUGCUAACUCACCCCAAGUGUGUAAACCGAGGCUGUCCAUUCAUAGGGAAAUGUGUGUAGCUUGAAGUGUUCCUGCCCACCAGUCCUGCCCCUCAGGUCUGCUGACCUAGCUGAAGAUGCUCGCUGGUGUCAAUUUAUGUACCUCUGCUUUUAAACCUGCUACAGCUUCUCAGUGUGGCUUGGAGCACACCCCUCACACACACUCACCACAAACACAGCAGUAAGCUAUAGUGAAUCACUUCAUAAUACAAAAUGAUACUACAUAUCAGGAUUGUGUUCUGGAUUUUAUAUCUGUCUCUUGCACAUGCCAGCCCCCUCCCUGAUGGAUGGCUGACUCUGUGAUCUCAGUAUUUAUGAGGCAGCACUGCUUCCAUGUGCUGUGGAUGCAAGUGAUGUUGUCUUCCUGUUGUUGCACACUUUCCUGAUUCAAAUUGAGACACAUCAAUUCCUCUUGUCAUUGGAACUUCUUACGCAGUGAAAGACAUAAAUGUCUGUCAAUAUUCUGAAGUAAUUUAGGUAUCUGUUCAUUCUGAUGCCUUUUGCACAAGGUAUGCAGUAAUUUUCAGAAAUGCAGAAAGACAAUCCACAAAGAUGUAUUUAACGGUACAGAGAGAGAUAUCUUCCUAUUUCCAUGCUGAAUCACAGUCAUGAAUAAAUCACUAACCUACUUAUUCACUGUAUCUGUGCAGCACUGAAAUGAGGAUGUGUUUGAAGAAGAUGAAGGUAGAACAGCAUAGCACUGACUCCGACAUUUUCCAGUCUAGAGUCACACUGACAAAAAAUGUUAAGGGAAAACAAAUGUAUUUGUAUCAUGUCAUAACAGAACCUUGAAAAAAAAAUUAAACCAUUGCCCCAGGAAAAAAUAGAAAGCUGGGUUUGUUCAUCUAAGUGCGACACUAUUUCCUGAAGCUGAAAAAGAACUGUUAGUUUCAGAGAAGGCAAAGCCACUGUUUUGGAUAGAAAACUAUAUUCUAUAUAGUGAACUUAUCCAAUUACAAAUGUUUUCAAUGAAUGAAAAUGUAUUUAUUUUAAUAUUAAAACAGUAAGAUUUGUUGCCUUUUUAACUUAUACGUUCUUAGAAUAAACCAUUCUGUACUAAAAAAAUGGCA